UUCUUGAUAUUUUUUCAUGAGAAUAUCCCAUUUGGUCUCUUUCCUCUGUGAAGGCUUAAACCCUACCACCAUAAGUCCCAGCCAAAAACCUCAAAAAGAAAAGAAAAAAGAAAAAAAAAGAAAGACAAACGCCCAAACUAAGGACUAAAAUUGAACUAUAAAAAGAGAAAACAAAAAGAAAAAAACUCGGUGCCAUUUCUAAACACAGAAAUGGCAGGUCCUCUACUUCGCUAUCUCAGUUCCUCCACCAGAAAAUCUUUUUCUUCUUCUUCUUCUCUUCUCUCGCGCGCCUUCUCGGCGGCUUCUGCCUCAGCCGCCGCCACCUCCACGUCAGCAGCACCAAAUCCAUCGUUAGACCCGAGCCGGUUGCGAAACGUAGCAGUAAUAGCUCAUGUGGAUCACGGAAAGACAACACUUAUGGACCGUUUAUUAAGGCAGUGCGGAGCUGAUAUACCUCACGAGCGUGCCAUGGACUCUAUUAGUCUUGAGCGUGAGCGUGGUAUCACUAUUGCCUCUAAGGUUACAUCCAUUUCAUGGAAAGAGAAUGAGCUGAACAUGGUUGAUACACCUGGACAUGCUGAUUUUGGUGGUGAAGUUGAGCGGGUGGUUGGGAUGGUUGAAGGAGCAGUGUUAGUUGUAGAUGCUGGUGAAGGUCCACUUGCACAGACAAAAUUUGUUCUUGCUAAAGCAUUGAAGUAUGGGCUGCGCCCUAUUCUACUUUUAAACAAAGUAGAUAGGCCCGCGGUGUCCGAGGAAAUGUGUAAUGAAGUUGAGAGCCUUGUUUUUGAUCUAUUCGCAAACCUUGGUGCCACAGAGGAACAGCUCGAUUUUCCUGUUCUUUAUGCUUCUGCUAAAGAAGGCUGGGCAUCCUCCACCUUCACUAAAGAUCCUCCUGCUGAUGCAAAAGAUAUGUCACAGUUACUUGAUACCAUCGUAAGACAUGUUCCAUCACCAAAAGCCAGUCUUGAUGCACCUUUUCAGAUGCUGGUUUCCAUGAUGGAACGAGACUUUUAUCUCGGGCGGAUCUUAACUGGACGCAUUGCUGCUGGAGUCAUUCGUGUCGGGGACCGAAUACAUGGACUGCAUGAUACGGAUUCUGGUGUCCAGAAAAUUGAAGAAGGAAAGGUUCUGAAGCUAAUGAAAAAGAAGGGUACAAGCAUGGUUCACAUUGACAGUGCAGGAGCUGGUGAUAUAGUAUCAGUGGCUGGGAUGACAAGUCCAUCAAUAGGCCAUACAAUAGCAAACGUUGAGGUUAUGAAUGCAUUACCAACUGUUGAGCUGGACCCUCCAACCAUUUCUAUGACCUUUGGUGUCAAUGACUCUCCGUUAGCUGGCCGAGAUGGCACCCAUUUGACUGGAGGAAGAAUUGGUGAUCGGUUAGCGGCUGAAGCUGAAACUAAUCUUGCCAUAAAUGUGAUUCCUGGCUUGGCAGAAUCAUAUGAGGUUCAAGGAAGAGGAGAACUUCAACUCGGUAUUUUAAUUGAGAAUAUGAGGCGUGAAGGAUUUGAGCUAUCUGUCUCACCACCUAAAGUCAUGUAUAAAACUGUGAAUGGUGAGAAGCUUGAACCAAUUGAAGAAGUGACCAUUGAGGUAAAUGAAGAGCAUGUGGGAUUAAUUAUGGAGGCUCUCUCUCACAGACGAGGUGAAGUUGUCGAUAUGGGUCCCGUACCUGGAUCUGUGGGCAGGACUAGGUUGUCUUUGACUUGUCCAUCAAGGGGCCUGGUUGGUUAUAGGAGUGUGUUCAGCAGUGAGCGUGGAACUGGAUUUAUGCACCGUGCUUUCCUGACCUAUGCAAAACACCGGGGCUCGCUUGGAAAUGUUAGGAAAGGAGUAUUGGUAUCAGUGGGCUAUGGUGCAAUUACAGCUCAUGCACUAAUGAGCUUAGAAGCUCGUGGAACACUCUUUGUUACUCCUGGAAUGGAGACAUACGAUGGCAUGAUUGUAGGUGAACAUUCAAGGGAUUCAGAUCUUGAUAUCAACCCAGUCAGAAGUAAGGAACUUACUAAUGUUCGUGCUGCUAGCAAAGAUGAGAAUGUGAGACUAUCUCCACCUCGUCUGAUGACUCUUGAAGAAGCCAUUGGUUAUGUAGCUUCUGAUGAGCUUAUUGAGGUUACGCCUAAGGCCAUCCGCUUAAGAAAAAGGCACCUGGAUGUUAAUAAGCGUAAAGCCAUGAGCAAGAGACCAAAGGAAUAGAUUCAAUCUAACACAAUUUUGUAACCCUAUACAUCACAAUUGUUGAAUGUAGCAGAGCAGGUCCAUAUACUUGUUCAUUAUUUCCACCUAAAUAAAUAUAUUUAUAUUAUAUUUCCACCUAAAGAUUAUAUUCUUUGACAAAUUGCGAGAGAAUUUGUAUUCAGUAAGAAACAAUAAUGGCAUGAUAAAUCAUAAUAGUCCACCUGUUAUUUUAUUUUCAGCCAUCACAAGGCAUUUUGCUGCA